AUGAAUUUCUUAUCGAAGACCUUUAGUACGUUGACGGGCUCUUCUAUCCCUUACACUAUUAAGGACAAGGUUGUUGACCCUCUUCUCUCCCAUCCAGAUACUAGACCAAUUUGGACAGUAUAUGAUGGUUUAAAUCCAAAAAAUGAUAAUGCUCCAGUUACCAUAUUUGAAUUCAAUCUUAAGGAUCCGGUAAAUAUUCUGAAUGACUACAUUGGUUUAGCAAGAAAUUGUUUUAAAAAAGUGAAAUUGAUCAAGCACCCUGGAAUUAUAUCAGUAAUUGAUUUUAUUGAAAACGAUAAUUUCUUAUAUAUUGUUACAGAACAAGUGGUACCUUUAAAAAGUUAUUUGAGUAAGAACAAGACUCAGAUUUCUGAAGAAGCCAAAUUAUUUGGUAUUUAUGCGAUUGGUCAAUCAUUACUGUUUAUUAAUAUGAAAUGUCAAUGUUUACAUGGAAAUGUUGACGUGAAUAAUUCUAUCUUUGUCACUUCGGCCGGAGAUUGGAAGCUUUUUGGAUUUGAAUUAUUGACUAAUUUAAAUUCAGAUCCAGAUCAACCGAUAUACAGAUAUUCCAAUAGGUUGCCGGGAUUUAGAAAUAAUGUACCUGAAGAUGUAUCAAAUCAAGGAGUAGAUUCCAUAAGACAAUUUCCUAUAAAGUUUGAUUCAUUUUUAUAUGGUGCUUUUAUCUACAAAGUAUUAACUCUUGAUACGUUUGACAAUAAAAUUCAACAACUGGAACUAUUGGCACCAAAUAGUAAGAUCCCAAAGCAAUUGAAUGUUCAUUAUAAAAGACUAGUUUCGAAUAAGCCAAAUUUAAGAACUACGAUAGAUAAAUUCUUAAACGAUAGCAGUUCAUUCUUCAGCAGUAACAAAAUAGUUCAAUUUAAUACCCAAUUAGAGGAAAUUAAAUUCAAGAACGCAGAAGAAAAACGUGAAUUUUUCAAAUAUGGGCUUGCUGCUUACUUAUCAGAUACUGAUAGUAUACAAUUCCCACCAGGUUUACUAGACUAUAAGCUUUUACCUGAGCUUGUAAGUCAGUUUAAUAGCUUGUCAAAAAUAGCCCCAUCGAUAGAUUCUACUCCAGAAGCACAUCAACAAAAGCAAGAAACUAUAUCGGUAAUAUUGCAUUAUUUAUUAAAAUUUGGAUCAACAUUACCGCCUGAUAUAUUUAAUAAGUCCGUUAAACCAAUUAUUUUUAAAACUUUUGGCUUAGCUGAUAGAACAAUCAGAUUAAAUUUAUUGACUCACCUUCCAUCGUAUUCGGCAUAUUUAACUGAAUCCGAUAUUCAACUGAAAAUAUUUUAUGACAUGAUCAGUGGGUUUCAAGAUACUAAUUUUAUGAUUCGUGAAACUACCUUAAAAUCGAUCACUACUAUUAUUGAUAAAAUAUCUGUAAAACAAGUAAAUCAAGAUUUAUUGAAAGUAUUAGCAAAAUCACAAAUGGACCCUAAACCUUCAAUUAGAACAAACACAUUAAUAUUGAUUAUCAAAAUAUCUGAUAAGAUCUAUAAAAAUUCUAAAAACAAUGUGUUAAUAACUGCAUUAUCCAAGUCGUUAAGAGAUUCUUUUACACCAUGCAAGAUCAUGGCAUUGUCUGGAUUUGAAAAGCUUAUAGACGAAUUCUCAUUAGAUGAAAUUUGUGGGAAAAUAUUAGGACACUUAGCUAUUUCAUUGAUGGACAACAAGUCUUAUAAAGUCAGAGUUGAGGCGAAGAGAGUUUUCAACUUAUAUUUGCAAUCUGUCGAAAGGCAUUCUGCCACAUUACCUCAAGAUGAAGAAGACGAAGAUUUAGAGGAAAAAGAGUUUUUUAAGAAACAUGCUCCUAUGAAUAAAGAUGCUAAGGAGAAAGUAAUUGAAGCUCCUGUAUCAAGUUCUACGUUUGGAUGGAACGUGGUGAAUAAAUUAAUAUCUACAUCUGCUGUAAACGGUAAAUUAAACAAUGAUUUCAAUAGUUCUACGCCGGACUUGACAAGAGCCGCUUCGCCAUCAACAGAUAUCAAUUUAAAUAGUAAAGAUCUUAACAAUAAAAAUGACAACGCUAAUGAUUGGGAUUAUGAAGAUGAUGGUUGGGACGAAGAUGCUGAUCUUGAGAUUGGAAAUAAUAGAUUGAAAGAUCAAAAAGAAUUACUGGAGAAAAAAGCUUUACCUACUCCAGCCAAGUCUCACAAAAAAGCCAGUACUUUGAAACUAGGUACAAAACAACAAAAGAAUCCAGGAUCAACACUCAAACUAAACCUUACAGUUGAGGAAGAUGAUGGUUGGGGUGAUUCCGUUGAUUGGUAA